AGACUUGCUGAAAAAAUUUGAUGUAGAUUUUAAUAAAUGUUCUUCGAUUAUGACGGAUGGCGCGAAAGCUACACUGUAAAAAAUUUUUGUGUAAAUUUACAACUAUUAUAGUGGGUAAUAUUGAGACCAACUAUUAAAGGUGUAUAUUUACAUACAUUAGUAAAUUUACAUUUCAUAGAUGAAAUUAUUAUCUUAAUUGCCUACGAGCACCGAGCGGCUCGUAGACUUUGCGCGAGGUAAAGGGAGACGCUCUAGGCGGAGUCAGGUGAAAAUCGGCCGAAAUGUGCAGAUCUUGCCGAGCUCUGUCUUGUUAGAUCAUUUAAUAUUCGCAUGCGGAGGCGAUUGUAUUGUAAAGAUGAAGAAGCUAUAUCUUGCUGCCAUAGCGGGAAAUCUGGGCAUGCUGUCAGUUGGCCAAUUUUUUGGUUGGUCGUCGCCAUCUUUGCCUGUAUUGAUGCAAGGGAAGGAUGAAAAAUAUUCUAUGCAUCUGACUCCGGAAGAAGCCUCUUGGGUGGCAUCUUUACUUACAUUCGGUUCAGCUGCAGGUACCAUUAUUUGUGCAGUCAUUGUGAAUAACUUCGGUAGAAAAAAUACUAUGUUAUUUACUGCUCUGCCUUCGAUAAUCAGCUGGUUGAUGAUAGCUUUUGCAACAUCUUCGAAAGAACUAUACAUAUCAAGAUUUAUAUCUGGUUUGGCUACAGGCAUCGCUUAUACAGCCACGCCGAUGUAUUUGGGUGAAAUUUCACCACCACACAUCCGCGGUAAUUUAACAUCCAUGUUAACAGUCGCUACGAAAAUCGGCAUUUUACUAGAGUUUGUGAUAGGUUCAUAUUUGUCGAUACAAAAUCUCACCUUCGUGUCUUUGGUUGCACCGUGUCUAUUUAUGCUUGUUUUCAUCUGGCUACCGGAAUCUCCAUACUAUUUGAUGCAUCGUAAAGCCAAACAGAAAGCCAUAAAUUCUCUCGUUCAAUUGAGAGGCAAAGAGGACGUUUACAAAGAGGCAUGUAAUAUCGAGCGGUUUGUGAAAACCAAUUUAGAUGAUCAAACAGUUUUUCGAGAACUUUUAUGCGUGCCAGGAAAUCGCAAAGCUCUAAUAACAAUAUUGUGCGUGGGCAUAACUCAGCAAAUGAGCGGCUCCCAAGCAAUGCUGCAGUAUGCUCAAAUGAUCUUUGAUGAGAUAAAUGCCGAUCUGGAGGGCAAGUACUUGACUAUGAUAUUGGGCGUCGUACAAAUGAUAUUUACGAUCAUCUGUAUGUUCAUCACUGAUCACAGCGGUAGAAGGUCACUGCUGAUAAUCUCCUGCAUUGGUACAGCAUGCUCGACUGCUAUGGUUGCGACGUAUUUCAAUCUACAAUACAAUCAUGUAAAUACCAACAAUAUUACUUGGUUGCCCGCUACAGGUGUCAUCGUAUUCACAAUCAUGUAUUCCUUGGGCCUGGCUUCGCUACCGUUCACUUUACUCAGCGAACUAUUUCCUACAAAUGUGAAGGCACUUGGCAGCACGAUUGUUUUAAUAGCAAUAAAUUUGAUAGCUUUUGUCGUUACAACAUCAUAUUUGAUCAUUGCCGAUAUUGCUGGCAUACAUGUACCGUUUUGGAUAUUCACUGCGUUCAGUUUCGCGGGUGCUUUAUUCACAUUCUUUUAUCUACCUGAAACCAAGGGCAAGACAUUCGAGCAGAUACAAGAACAAUUGCAAGGUUUAUCGAAGCAGUGAGAAUCGAAGAUACUCUCUAAAAGUGAAUCAGUGU